AUGGAGAGGGAGAGAAAUAAGCAGCCGCCAUGGAGCUACACCAGCUGCGGCUUCAUGUCCACCAGCAGCAGCAGCAGCUUCACUUGGCCGCCGAGAUCCUACCCCUGCAGCUUCUGUAAGAGGGAGUUCAGGUCGGCGCAGGCCCUCGGGGGCCACAUGAAUGUCCACAGGAGGGAUAGGGCCAGGCUCAGGCACGGCUCCCCUCCUCUUCCUCUUCCUCUUCCUCCUCCUCCUCCGGCCGCUUGCCGCCCUAGCAGGGCACCGGCGGCGGUGAUGAUUCCCAACCUCAACUAUCCGCCAUCGCCGCAGCAGUACCAUCGCCAUCGCACCACCACCAGCUCAUCAAUGGCGGAGGUGAGCUUGGAGCUGGGGGUUGGAAUGGUGCGCAGCUGCAGCACUGCUACGACUCCAAUCACUCCAGGCGGCGGUCCGGAGGAGGACGACGGCGGUUUGGACCUUGAGCUUAGGCUCGGCGUCUCUUAA